AUGUUCUUCAAUAUAUCCGCCCCUCCACUCACGAACGCCCGCCCCUUUCGCAGAAGGUCGUGUUCCAGGGACGAUUAUAGCUGCAAACAAGAGACACCAGUCUUGGUGAUUCAAAAUACAAGGGACCUGCAAGAGGCGCUCGAAAAGUUUACCCUCCUGAACAAUUCUCUGCUUCACUUGGUGGUGCGUGAAUCCCAACAGGACUGCGAUGACGAGCUUUUGGCGCUUUACAAUCUCUCAAAGAAAUGCCGUCUUGGCACCCUCUUACGGAGUGUCAGUAUAACAUACCACGCCCAUAACAAUGAUGACAGCCACAAUCCAAUUCGACUCAUGACCAUAGUGAAUUUACUAAACCAACUUGAUUGGAACUCCUGCAGUCUUGUGCGUGUGGACUUACACAUCAACUAUCUCCAUGAAGACCCACGGUUAAAGUUGAUUGAAGACUUGCCUGUCAUCAUCACUGUGCACGGCAAGACUCUUCUUUCGAAGGAUGUCUCGGAAGAUGCCAAAUUGAGCUCAAUAGCGCAGUCGUACCCGUACUUAGAAGGAAGUUUAUAG